UGCCCAUGUGGUCCGUCAUCAUCGCAAGACUUUCGAGUUGCACGGCAGUCACUUUGUCUAGACUACCCAAUGUCGGAAACACAAGGAGAGAUGUUCUGCGGUAGAUCAUCAAUGCCGGCUUAGCUUCUGAAAUCAUGUUGGAACAGCAUACGCCACCUACAGGACUCGAAGGGCAUUGAUGCUCUAGCCUCGAUCAUGAUCAACGAAGACGUGUGUUCGGUCAAGGAAGCCCGCCGGAGCGCGACAGCAUGUCUGAAUUUCAGUCUACAGACCGGACCAGCACUCCCUCAGAUAUACAAAUACCAGAUGAAUUGUGGCUGACUGUACUCGAGAGUCAAUGUACGUUUCCGCCAGACGUCUUCCACGAUGUUAUGCUCAACCUUAUCAAGAACCCAAAUGUAACCUCCACCUACCUGUUUCGGGCGGACAUUCUCUACGACUCUGGCGAGUGCGAUGACGAUGUUCCAAGCACACCAGGCGUCGCGGGCCUGCUGCGCCAGGUGAAGGCGGAGUACCAACCUAUCAAUGUCGCCGUGCCCGGCUACAGAUUAUCCAGGACGGUGGUAAGGCAGCUAAUACCACGAAACCCGCGACUGGACAGGCUGCUUGUGCAGACCUGCCACUUCUUCCAGCGCUUCGACGAAGGUCGAGAGGACAGUCUGGUCAUAUAUAUACCGCACGUAAAGCAAGCGGGUGAAGUACCCUUCUACCACCCAACAGUAUCAAGGCUAGCAUUUCUGCACAGCUGGCACGUUCCAUCCACUACAGACGACCGAUGCGCUUCCGGUAACGUGUCCGUCGCCUACUCCUUGUUUCCCGAAGUAGGCUUGACAGACAAGCUCCAGCGCACAGCCCUACGUCUGCUACAAACAGUCCACAAGCACGGCAAAGGCCAGCUGGCAGGCUACGAGAAGCGCGUGCAUCUGGACCGCAUCAUUCUGCAAAAGCGGUAUCAAGACACCUACUCGAAGCUUAAGACAAGAUAUGGAAGGCGUCUGGCGGAGCAAUGGGUCGAAGUCACCGAUCCUGGAAAGCAUGUCUUUGAAGACCUUGGUAUUGCUGCCUUUUUGAUCGAGCUUUGGCGCGACAUGUUCCACCUGCCCCAGCCGAUGCACCGCAUUCACUGCCAGCCUCAAAGCACGCCGAGCGAUAAGCCGCCCUUUCCCGGCUUUGUCGACAUCGGCUGUGGGAAUGGCGUGCUCGUACAUGUCCUUCUCUCCGAGGGCUAUCGCGGAUAUGGCUUCGAUGCAAGGCAGCGGAAGACAUGGUCCAUCUUCCCUCCAUCUACCCAAAGUGAGCUUCAGCAAAGAGUGCUCGUACCUGACGUCCUCCGCUCCAAGGUCAGUACUGAAGAAAGCGAAGCGUAUCACGACGGCUUUUUUGCAGAAGGGACAUUCAUAAUCUCCAACCACGCAGACGAACUCACAGCCUGGACACCGCUGCUUGCUUACCUCAACAACUCCGCCUUCAUUGCGAUCCCAUGCUGCAGUCACGACCUGUCUGGCGCCCGCUUUCGCGCUCCCAUGAGCACGAAAGGGAGCAAGACGGCACUACGAAGGCUGUCGCAGGAGCAGCUGGAACCGCCGGCGGCCGCUGACUGCUUACAUGGUGUUCGGAAGGUGCAGGCGGCGGAGUCCGGUUCACUCAAGCGUGGUGACGCCGAUAAGAAGAUGCCAUCCGCGUAUUCGAGCCUCUGCUCGUACGUGAGCAGCUUAGCCCACGACGUAGGAUUCAUGCCGGAGACCGAUGUGCUACGAAUCCCUAGUACGCGGAACAACUGCAUCGUGGGUCGCCGGCGCAGCAACGAGGAGCCAGAGACGGCAGAAAACCGGCAGGAGAAAGUUCGUGAUAUAAUUGAGCGCGAGAUGUGCAGAAGUGCAGCCGUAAUUGGUGCAGAGUGGGUGGAGCGGGUCCAAAGGCUGACGAAAAGGCCUUGCAGCGGACAUUGAGAGCAGCCCGUUGAUUAACGGGAUUGCUGCGAGUGCUUGGCUGCUUUGAUGCAAACUGUUACGCUAGGUUAUAUUAUGCUGCAACGAAGCCUCUGCGGCUAACUUCCUGAGUCAGGCCAUGCAUGCUUAGAAGUUAAUCCUCUAGCGUGCACCAUGCUCUCGUACCAUCGUAGGUGGCUCAUGUGCUCAUAGUUAUGAUUGCAUAAGUCGUCUGACCGUCACCUCAAUGGUGUUUCACUCGGAGCCAGAAGCACGAAGCCUCUCGCGAGCCUUCUGUCGCCACAACUCCUCAUCGGUGAGAUGUCCAGCAG